AUGCCGUACUCGCUGAGGUCCCGCAAGAAGACCGUCGACCCCGAGAAGGCGGUUCUCGUCGGGCACUGCGGCGUCCCGCUCUGCUCCGAGUGCUUGCUAGGAGCCGACCAUCCCCCGUGUCGUCACUGCGGCCAGCGGCCCUCGUGCCACCUCGACCGUCACUGUCCCGAAGUCGCUGGCCAGAUCCAGGACGGCCCCGACGACUACGGGCGCACCGUCGCCGUGAUGGUGCUCAGCGUCGAAGGCCCCCGGCCGUGGGUCCUCCUUCAAAAGCGGUCCAACCACCUGUCGGGCGCAGGGCGGUGGGCGUUCCCGUCCGGGUUCGUCAAACACGCCAGCACGCCCGUCGACGCCGCACGAUCCGAGAUAGCCGAGGAGGCCGGGGUGCACCUGCCCGCUCCCGACGUGAGCCCUGCCGCCGUGACGCAGCGCGACUGGGCGGGCGAGGCCCCGAACGGCACCACGCGGAGGCGCCUGCACACCGACGUCGUGUUCUUGCUGUGGUGCCCGGCGGGGGUGCUGCCUCGGUGCGGCGGCCCGCUGCCGUCGCACGCGUGGGAGGUUGGGGCGUUCGAGGCCGGCGCGCUGUCGCGCGGGGAGGAGGGUCUGCCGGUUGGGGCGCGCGCGGCGUGCGAGGGACACGCGUGGGUGCCCGUGGGGCGGGAGCUGGCGAGGAGCCCGGGGCUGUGGAGGCAGGCGAGCGCGAGUGCGGAGUGGCUCGUCGGCGACGCGGGUCCGGGCCUCCUGGCGGGGAUCGCGGGCGAGUGA